UAUACUUCUGUGCUACGGAUGCAAGAUAUACCGGAAACAGUACGUGAACAUAGUACGUGAAACAAUCGUGUCUUGAUAAACCUGUGUAGAAUUGCAGAAAUGAGCACGAUGAACGAGGAUAGUCGUCGAAACAGGAACAAAUGGAUUUUACGACUUGCAAUCGGCGUGUUUUUGUUACUUAUACUUUUUGACCUGCCGGCUCUUUGCCAGGCUCACACUCACGAGAAAUAUCCAAGUUUCAAAUAUUCGAAAGAAGCCAACGAAGUGUAUUCGGAGAAGCAACAUUCCUCGCAUCACCAGGAAAUUUUACAUCAACAUAAACACGAGACUGAUGACCAUGAUCAUCAACAGUCUGAUCGAACUUAUAACGAAGUGAUUUUUCGAGCCACCGCGUCCACUUUACUUAUAUCAGCAGCUCCUUUUCUGAUCUUGUUCUUUGUACCUUUAGAUAACACUAAAGAACGUGAACCGUUUCUAAAAAUAUUGUUAAGUUUUGCAUCCGGUGGUUUAUUAGGAGAUGCAUUCUUGCAUUUAAUUCCUCAUGCUCUGGUUCCUCAUGCACACGAAUCCUCUGAAGGUGUACACCGACAUGAACAUUCUCAUAGCCAUGACGAGGAGGAAUCAGCACAUGGACAUGACAUGUCUGUUGGUUUAUGUGUAUUAUUAGGUAUUGUUGUGUUUUUAAUGGUUGAGAAAGCAGUGAGAAUCAUAAAGACUGAUCAUACUCACUUACAUGUACAUAGUGUCACAGAAAAUGUAUCUAAAGAGAUAAAAAAGAAUGAAAACAAAGUGCAAGAGAGUUCUGAUAAAUCUGCUUCUAAGAAAACUGAAAUAAAAGAUCCUGAGAAUGAAAUAAAAAUUGCUGGCUAUUUAAACUUAGUUGCAGACUUUUUACAUAAUUUCACAGAUGGUCUUGCUAUUGGCGCUAGCUAUUUAGCUGGCAAGAAUGUCGGCUACAUCACCACAUUCACGAUCUUGUUACACGAAGUACCUCAUGAAAUAGGGGACUUUGCCAUUUUAAUACAAAGUGGUUACAGUAAAAGAAAAGCUAUGAUGCUUCAACUUACUACUGCUGUAGGUGCUUUAUUAGGAACUUAUGUAUCACUACUUGCAGAAGGCAUGGGUGAUUUGGCAACUAAGUGGAUUCUUCCAUUCACAGCUGGUGGAUUUAUUUAUAUAGCCACAGUUUCUGUAAUACCAGAACUUUUAAUUGAUACCAAUUUCAAACAGUCCUUAAAGGAAAUUAUUGCACUUCUCUUAGGUGUAUAUAUGAUGGUACUGAUAGCCGAAUAUGAAUAGUUUUGUAUCAUAACUUUUUAUGGCAACAUAUUGUGAUCAGUUAAUGAGAACUUAUUUUGACUGCUGUAAUAAGAAUUUCGUAUUAGAACUCAUAUUUUUACAUUAUAAGUAUUUGAUGAAUGCUAGUGAUUAUUCUAAUUUACAUGGAUACCAGUGAAAAUGGAGUUAUCAUCGUAAAUGUUAGGAAAAUAAGAGAGAAUAUUUAAAGAACGAAGAAAAUCAAUACGAAAUAAAUCAUAAAACAAAAUAAAGA